GAAACCAGCGGGAACGCCACCUUCCUCUACCAGGUCGAGUCUCCGGUGAGCCUCUCGUACUCGGCGCCUCUGCCCGUGGCCUCGGGCUUCUACAGCCUCCGGCUGGUGCUGUCCGACGCGCCCAACGCGGGCUACCUGGGGAACGACGCGCUGGGGGUGUACGUCUUCGACACCUCCACCUUCGAGGUGGACGCCGUCCCCCUCGACGGCGCGGCCCGUAUCUACCCGACGGCGCAGGGCCCAGAGACGCGGCACCGCGACCAGCACCUGUCGUUGGCGGGCAUGCUGGAGAGUAGCAGCCCGACGCGGACGUUCACGAGCGGGACGAGUUCAGCCCCGGGCACCAUGUCGCUGAGCAGCACGACGGGUGCUAACUUCUCGACGUGCAGCCGCACGUCGGAGAGCAGCAGUUUGACCCUGGCGCUCACGAGAGUGCAGGAGUGCAACGCCCAGGAUGGCGUCGGCGACGAGAUCGGCAUCGAAGGGCGGGAUCUAAUCAUUGCAUUCGACGGCUGCGGCCCCCCGACGCCGGAGGGUUUCGACGUCGCCCAGAAGAAGUUCGCCCCGAACCUUGCCAGCGAGUACUUGUACCAGGGCACGCACUGCGGCUACCUCGACGACGGCACCGUCGCGGUGGCGCUGGAGGUGGCCCUGGUCGCGAGCCACGCGCGCCGGGCGGCCUGGUCCGGCGGCGGCCUCGCCCCAGUGCGACGGGCGGUUCGCCCCAUGGGCGAGACGAACGCGCCGCGGCAGCAGGCCCCGACGCAGCUCAGCAACGCCCGCGCGCCCAUGCCGCGGACUGCGCGGGUGGAUCGCUCGAUGACGCACCCGGGCGGCACCCGGGAUUGCGUCGACGACCAGGCCUGCGUCGCCGGCGCUCGACGGCAGCAGCCCCCUGAAGCAGGGGCCUCGGAGUCCGUCGGCACGGCGAUCGCAGAACCAGUGGGGCAGCGCGGCGGCUCCAACGCGGCGCAGGCCCUCCAGGCGGCAGAGAACGCGUCCGCAGACGAUAUGAGGGCGCGCAGCGCCCAGAAGCUUCGACAUUGCCAGCAGUUCGCCGCGGACCCCGCCGCCGACAACUGGGCCGAUUUCAGCGCCGACAGCUGCGCGAACAGCGGGGCCGACGGCGGCGCCGACGGAGCCGCGGGGCCAGAGCCGCCAGCAGGCGGGCGCGAGCUUGGCGAAUGGGCGGGCCCGCUUCUAGGUGCGCGCGCGGAAGGUCGCAUCCUCGGCCGCGCGGACGGCAAGCAUCCCCCGCCACGGCACCGCGCCCGCCGUCAGCCGCCGGAGUGCAACGCGCACGAUUGCGGGAUCUGCACCGCCAGGCAGGACCUCAUCUUCGGGAGCGGCGGGUGUUUCGACGACGGCGCCGACGGGAACGACGGGUUGUGGAGCUUCGGCGUCGCCGACGCAGCAGUAGGCGACGAUGGAUAG